AUGGGAUUUAAAUUCUUUUUGCUCUAUGUGUUUUAUUGGAUUCAGCUAGCGGGGAUAUACAAAAAUGUGGUAGCUACAGAUACAAGUCCAACUCAACUUGAAUAUGCAGUGAAACUCCCAAACAUAAUCUACCAAUGUACGCCUCCAAUCAUGUCCAUUUCUGAGGUUAAUCAAUUAGUUUCUUCCGAAUCGAAUGUUGAUUUAGUGAGCAUUGCUUCAGCAAUGCACUGGUUCGAUCUCCCAACUUUCUAUCAACAAGUGAAAUUCGUGUUGAAAAAACCCGACGGUGUGAUCGCGGCCUAUUCCUACCGUUUUCCAGAGAUCAAUGAAAAAGUUGACGAGAUGUUCCACAAGAUGUUAACCGUUGAUGUGGCUCCGUUUAUGGCGCCACAGGCGAACUUGAUCGUGCGUGACAAAUACACGACGAUUGAUUUCCCGUUUGAGGCCGUGGAUGGACUCGAUCACACGGGUCCGUUCGAGUUUGAGUCGAAGAAAAUGAUGAAUCUGGAAGGGUAUUUUACGUUUGUAAGGUCGUGGUCGGCCUACCAAACUGCAAAAGAUAAAGGGGUGGAGUUAUUGAGUGAGGAUCUGGUUGAAGAUUUCACUAGAGCUUGGAAAGAAGAUGGCAAAACUGAAAACGUUGCUACUUUUCCUAUUCAUUUGAGGAUUGGAAAAGUUGGGAGGAUUUAG